AUGGAGGUUCGAUGGAAUCUGAAAUUCGAGCAGGGGCUCGAUUACAAGGAUUUCUCGACGUUUACGUACCGAAAGAGGGUCGUUGCUGUUACUCGAAGUUCAUCGGCGAUGGUGAGAAAGGACGAUCGCCGUCGCCGACUAGAAUUCAUCUCGUCUUGUUCGUCGGUUCGUCGGCGGUACUGCUCGCGAGUGGACGAGGAACCUGCUGCUCGCCGGCGAUGGAAACUGGUGGCGGGGCAAAGGCGGAUGGCUUUUCUAGACCUGCUCGGACGUACGAACAGAGGGGCGGAGUUCUCUUCUCCGAUGGCGAUCGCGGCUGAGAUUCAUCUGGCCAUGGACAUUCUCAUUGCCGAAUUGAAUAGAGUUUGUAUCUAUACAGUCCCAAAGCACAUAAAUUACUCACAGGAAUCAUUCAAAACUAAAGAUGCUUACUUCAAAGCUAUUGGUUACAAGGAAGAGAUUGUGAGAGCAUUGAUAAAUUCGUGGAGAGAUUGGAGUCUGAGUUCUCUUGUGAAUUUUGCCUUUGUUGGCUUUACACUGAAGCAGUAUUAUCAGUAUCACAAUUGUUUUGAAUAUACUGAAGUUGGAGGCUUUGAGAACCUGCAUGGACUCAAAGAAGGUUGGGCGUGGCUUGCAAGAGUCUUGAAUUCUCUUCCUGCAAAUCUUUACACUGCUGUGGCACUGCAUUCAUUUCUGGAAGUAGUCAAUUUUGGGAAUGUUUGA